CACCUGGAAUGUUAAAGCUGGGACAUCGAUUCUAGGCGCGAUGGAAUGCAGUGAGAUGGCAAGCCGGUACGCGAUGAUCCCAAGGAGCUGAAAAUUGUUGAGACCGAAAGGACGACUUCCCAAUUGGCGCAUUGUGCACAUGCUCAUGCCGUUUCGAACGUCUCAAAAGCCAUUUCACAUCCCACUUUCAAAAACCAUGGGUUUCAGGUACAUCUCGCGAGCUACUUGCGUAAAGGCACAUUAGUCAGUCUACACACUAGUCAUUGCUGCCUGCUCUCCACGACGCGUACACGAUAGGGCGCGUUUUCUCUACAUCUUGAAAAGAUUGAAUUCUCCACGUAGACACGCAUCUCUAAAGCACAUCCUUCUCUAUACGCAAUGUCACUCUCCGCCUUCAUCCCUUUAACCGGCCGCUGCUCCUGCGCUGCCCUCUCUUACACACUCACCGCCUCACCUCUAAUAACCCACAUCUGCUACUGCACGUGGUGCCAGCGCGAAUCCGGCUCCAUCUGCGCCGUCAACAGCAUCAUCGAAUCUUCCAACUUCUCAUAUCGCCUCGACCCUACCGUCUCGCAGCCCGUCGCACUCAUCCCCGGGCCCACGCCCUCAGGCAACGGCCAGACUGUCGCGCGCUGCCCCGUGUGCUUCGACGGGUUAUGGAAGUACUACGGCGACGCGAGGUUUGUGACGUAUGUUAAAGCGGGGACGCUGGAUGAGGAGUGUUUCAAGAGGGUCGCGGGUGGGGAGAGGGUACAUAUUUACACAAGUACGAAGCCGGAGUGGGUAGAUCUGGGGAGGGAGAAGGAGAAUGGAGUUGGAGUGUUUGAGGAGUACUAUGUGAGGGAGACGGUGUGGGUUCAGGAGGCUUUGGAGAGGAGGGAGAAGAUGCUGAAGGCGGUGGAGGGCGUGGGGUCGUAAGAUUGGAAGGGCCGAGCAAAGAGAUGCUUGCAUCGAGAUCAAAAUGUGCUCACGAAUUGCAGUAUAGUAUGUCUACUCGGCGCUGCGCGCAGUGCUGCGAAAGACGUGAAGAGGAUGUAGGCUGGUUGACAGCCAAUCAGCUUUUGUGCGCCCCGCGGACAUCGCCGGUUUAGUCACCAUUAACAUAUCCUUCGCACCUGAUAUCACUACCUAUUCUUUACAUCUCAUAAUCUUGUGG